CUUCUCUCCAGCUUGCCCCUGGAAGCAGACCUCAAAUAUGUACCAUAGCUGCAGUGAAGACCUCCCCUUCCCUCUUCUGAUCCAACAGAGGUGGGCUGAGCCUUUGGGCAGCAGACACAAGAGGUAUCCCAAGCUAUAGAAGUCUCUCGAUGUCAAUAGGCCAGAAAUCUUCUCUGUUUGGAAAGAAACAUCUUCUGGUUCCUUCUUCAGACGCUUCCACAUGCUCUGCAUUCAUCCGUUUCCUCCAUUAACUUGAAAUCCCCUCAUUUGUUAUUCUAGUAUUAUUUUAAUACGUCCAAAUAAUAAAUGGUCAUAGAAGAACAAAAUCUGAAGAGCAGGCUAGCACCUGAGAAGGCAAAUCAAUUUACUUUGUACCUGUACAGAUAGUCCUCGACUUAUGACUGUUUAUUUAAUCGUGCUUCAAAGGUAUGACGGCUUUGGAAAAAGGGACUUAAAACCUGCCCUUGAAGUUAUCAUUGUUGCUACGCACAGAGACACACAGACAGACAGACAGACACACACACCCUAGAGUCCUGUGAUGGCAAUUCAGGUACUUGGCAACGGGCUUACAUUUACAAUGGUUGUGUCUUGCAGUCACGUGAUCACAAUUUGUGACCUUUCAGCUGGCUCUUUCAACAAGCAAAGUCAAUUGGGGAAGCCAGAUUCACUUAAUGACCAUGUGAUUCACUUAACAACUGCAGUAAAAAUGAUUGCAAGAGAAAAAGUGUUGUGUAUGUUCCAAUUGGUGGGGAAUCCCAGCGGGAUAUGCAGGGCUACGCUGCCGAUUCAACCUUCCCGCCCAAAAGACUGCAGAGAAUGGCGGCCAGUUAGCCAGCAGCCAUUACAGCGCAAGCGCGAACAAAAUGGCCACCACAAAAAGAGCGCAAAUUCAAACCAAAUCACCAUCCGCAGCACCAACACAAAACCAGAAGAACAAACAUACACCAUGGUCACCGUGGACGGACAGCGGAUCAAGAUGGAGAUCGACACUGGAUCACCCAUCACAAUCGUAUCCUGGUCUAUGGUUCAAGAAUUGCUGCCGCAAAUAAAGAGGAAUCACCUACAAACACAAUACCUGCAAGUACGCGACUUCCAAGGGAACAGAGUUCCCGUGGAUGGCAUCGCCACCGUAAAUGUUGUUUACGGGCAACACAAAAAGAAGCUACCAGUCACCAUUGUGCAAGGCAACCUCCCAAGCCUCAUGGGCUGGGAUUGGAUCCAUCCCCUAGGAAUCGGUCUCUACGGAGUGCUCGAGAUUCAAGCAGACUGCCAAUACAUGAAGGACGACCUACUUCACGAAUUCCAAGACGUUUUCGCCGGAACUUUGGGCAACUAACUCAAACCCAGAAGGACCAGAUGACUUACCUGAGGUCUUCAGUGUCCAGUGCUGCUCCGGUCCGUCGUUACAGUCCAUCACCAACCCAUCAGCAAAUAAUCCACAAGGGUUUGAAGAAAUAGCCACCAAUAAUCCACAAAACAGGGCCCCAAUGGAAGAGCUGGGAGGCGCGAAAAGCACCUCCGACCAGCAUGCUUCCCCUGCCAAAACUGAACUGCGCAGGCCAAGUAGGCACAGGGAACGCCCUAAUUAUCUAUGCGAUUACGUAUGCUAAAACAUGCAAGACCGAGGUGAAGUGCAUUCUGGGGGGGGGGAAGAGUGUUGUGUAUGUUCCCACUGGUAUGGAAUCCCAGCAGGAAAACAUUCAAAUCCUAUUGGUUGACAUUGUUCCAGGUGUGUAUAUAAGGAGAGCAUCCUGCCUGUAC